UUCCCUUUAAAUCUCCUCCAGGGGCCACCCAGAGUCGCCCCGUAUUUCUGUCGGUUGGCAAUAAAUCGCCGAUGGUCACUGUUCGAUCAGUCUCGCUGUUCCGCUUCUCGUCCUCCGGCUAUGUAUCUGCUGUGUUUCUUUUCCCUGCUGCUGUGGAGCGGUCCGGCGCGCAGCUAUUUCCCGGAGGAGCGCUGGAGCCCGGAGUCCGCGCUGCUCGCGCCGCGGGUGCUGCUCGCGCUGGUGUGCCGCAACUCAGCGCACUCUCUGCCGCACGUCCUCGGUGCCAUCGACCGCCUCAACUACCCCAAAGACCGCAUGGCUGUAUGGGUGGCCACAGAUCAUAAUUCAGACAACACCAGCGCGAUCCUGCGCGAAUGGCUGAUAAACGUCCAGCACUUCUAUCAUUAUGUGGAGUGGAGACCUCAGGAGGAGCCCAGCGUCUACGAGGACGAGAGCGGCCCGAAGCACUGGACGAGCCUGCGGUACGAGCACGUGAUGAAGCUGCGUCAGGCGGCCCUCGACACGGCGCGGGAGAUGUGGGCCGACUACCUUCUGAUGGUGGACUGUGAUAACCUGCUGACCAACCGGGAUGUUUUAUGGAAGCUGAUGCGGGAGAAUAAGACGAUCGUGGCGCCGAUGCUGGAGUCCAGAGCGGCGUACUCAAACUUCUGGUGCGGCAUGACGUCUCAGGGUUAUUAUAAGCGGACGCCGGCCUACAUGCCCAUCCGCAGGCAGGAGAGGAAAGGCUGCUUCGCCGUUCCCAUGCUCCACUCCACCUUCCUGCUGGAUCUGAGGAAGGAGGCGACCCGUGAGCUGGCCUUCUUCCCGCCUCAUCCCGACUACAGCUGGGCCUUCGACGACAUCAUCAUCUUCGCCUUCUCCGCGCGGAUGGCAGAGGUUCAGAUGUACAUCUGCAACAGAGAGACUUAUGGGUAUCUCCCCGUGCCCCUGCGCUCCCAUAAUACCUUGCAGGACGAGGCGGACAGUUUUCUGCACUCGCUGCUGGAGGUUAUGAUGCGCAGUCCUCCAUCAGAGUCGUCUGUGUAUCUCUCUCUUCCUCCUAAACAGCCUGAUAAAAUGGGCUUAGAUGAGGUGUUUAUGAUAAACCUGCUGAGGCGUUCGGACCGCAGAGAGCGCAUGCUGAGGACUCUGUACGAACAAGAGAUCGCGUGCAAGAUCAUCGCAGCUGUAGAUGGCAAGGCGCUGAACACCAGUCAGAUCGAGGCGCUGGGGAUCCAGAUGAUGCCCGGAUACAGCGACCCGUAUCACGGCCGGCCGCUCACUAAAGGAGAGCUGGGCUGCUUUCUGUCACACUUCAACAUCUGGACAGAGAUUGUGGAUCGAGGGCUGAAGGCAUCUCUGGUGAUCGAGGACGACCUGCGCUUUGAGGUUUUCUUUAAGCGUCGUCUGCAGAAUCUGAUGCAUGAGAUCGAGUCUCAGCGGCUGGACUGGGACUUGAUUUACAUCGGCCGGAAGCGCAUGCAGGUGGACCGACCGGAGAAAUCUGUGCCCAGAAUACACAACCUGGUGGAGGCGGAUUACUCCUACUGGACGCUGGGGUACAUGAUCUCGCUACGCGGCGCUCAGAAGCUGCUGCGGGCCGAACCGCUCAGAAACAUGCUGCCGGUGGAUGAGUUUCUGCCCGUCAUGUACAACAAACACCCCAUCGAGGACUACAUGUCUCACUUCAAGCGGCGGGACCUGCGAGCGUUUUCGGCCGAGCCGCUGCUGGUUUACCCCACGCACUACACGGGCGACGCUGGCUACAUCAGCGACACGGAGACCUCCAGCGUCUGGGACAAUGAGACGGUCCGCACUGACUGGGACCGAGCGCGAUCACGCAAGAGCCGCGAGCAGGAGGAGCUCAGCAGCGAGGCGCAGAACUCAGACGUGCUGCAGUCUCCGCUGGACAGCACGGCCCGCGACGAGCUCUAGCAGCCGAAAACACUCGAACACAGCGGAGAAACCCUCACAAUCACAGCCACCAAAGCUGAGGAGGGUCAGAACUGAGAGGAGCGGACGCUCCGUCACACAGCCGUCAGCGAUAUUCACUUCACGAGGCACUUCAGAUGAGAUGGACACCUGUGAUCUUCCUGAAAUGCUUGAGCGGAUGCAGGAACAGUAAAUAUGACGCUAGUUAGAUUUUAUUUGUAUGAAUGAGAAUCUCAAGGAGAAUCGAGACGAUCUGACAUGAUUGACAUGUUCAUACUAACAACCUCUAUAGAGAUGGUUUGGUUUUUGAUAGUUUUAACCUGAUCUGAUGGGUCUAGUAGAUGAACGCUUGUCAGGAGUCCUGAUCCUUUGCGCUUUAUUAAAAUUGAUGUGAUUUUUAUCAUUUCAUUCCUUUAUUAUUUCACUUUGAACAUGAUGUAAGUGAGUGUUGACUUUUACUUUGUACAUAAAGCUGUUGUUAUGCGUCCCAGAUUAUGCCCGGUUCAGACUACACGAUUUUAGCACGAUUUUGGCACGA